CGGCGCACCAGUCCACAUCCAUACAGCGAUUCUUGUCAAAAAUGUGCGGAACGGAUGCUGUCUACUACUGCUGACCCGUUGAGAUUCCGCAAUCCUGUCCAGAAUCUUGUCGAUCUCCAGUAUUAAAACGACGACCACCAUGGGCAGCGAACAUGACGCGUGCCUCCCGAAGGUCUACUUCUCUAACAACCAGCCAAUCACCGCCGCUGACACGGCCAGAGCGAAUCGCUUAUUUGCAGUGGUCGGGUUUUCGUACAUCAUUGCCCUGGAUGCGCUGCUGCAACCCGUGGAUUACUGGCGGCUGCUGUUUCCCACGUUCAACGCCGAGUUUGAAAUCUCUUGGGUGUACACCGGCACCUGCGUCGGCACCCUUCUGGUUCUCUUGCUGCAGCAUGGCACACCCGUGCUAGAUCAACGCAUCCGACGGGGCUUCAUGGUGCUGCUCCUGUUCAUGUCAAUGCUGCCGUUGUCGCAUUUUGUACUUAGCACGACAACGCAGCAUCUUGUGAUGGUGCUGGCUUCCGCGGCGGCACUUGGUGCAUCCAUUGCCGCGAUCGACAGCAGCGUGUUUGCACUAGCAUCGUUGUUUUCAAGUACCGGGCAAACCGUGGAGCAUGUUCAACUCGGCCUAGGCGUGGCGCUGCUGGUGUCGGCUUUGUAUCGAGUCGCGUCCAAAGCGUGCUUUGAGUCGGACAUGGUGGUCGCGGCGUCGAUGGUGUACUUUGGUGUUGCGUUUGGAACGAUUGCGAUGGGACUCGUGGCAUUUUCGAUCCUCGUGCGACUGCCGAUGGCCCAGCAACGACUUCACGAACGCGCCAAGGGUCAAACCAUGAACGUUUCGAUCUGGCGAAAGAUUUGGCCACACGAGGCCAUGGUAGCGUUGACGUACUUGACGACGUUCUCUGUAUACCCCGGUGUAAUCACGUCGAUCCCAUGCUUCCACGACGAAAGCGGGUGGUGGAAUGCUACGGGAUGGUGGCCGUUGGUGUUGAUGACAAGUUAUGCCGUGUGCGAGCCGUUGGGUCGAUACUGUGUUCGAUGGCGAUGUGGCUUUACGCACAAGACAGUGUGGAAGCUCGUCGUGCCUCGCGUCGUGCUCGUGCUCCUUAUCGUGUGCUGUGCUGAAGGCAGCCUUUGGUUCACCCAAUACGAUGUGUUUUCGUUGGGAGUGGUCAUGGCGCUGGGAUUCACGAAUGGGUUUGUGGGCACGUUGGCCUUGGUCGUGGUCAACGAUGUCGUGGACGACCACGAACGGACGUUCACUGGCAUGUGUGCGACGCUGACCAUCAACACAGGGAUCUUUGUCGGGACGACCGUUGGCCUCGCCUUGGCGAGCUGGUUGAAUUUGUAACGUUAUCGCGUGCUCGAUUGAAAUGUAUAGAGAAUAUACAACACACAGAAGUAACCUCUAAAAAUUACAGUAUUUGUCGAUUCGAAAUUGGAGUAAAUCGGCAGACAAUCGAUCGACC